AUGGCUCGCAACCAGGAGAAGGCGCAGUCUAUGCUCCACCGUUUCAGGCAGACCCAAGUGCACGAGCUUGGGUUGAACGUGCGGAGUCAUGACAGGCGCCCGAAAUUAAUAUCUACUGUGAACAGUGUGCGCGACUGCGACAAGUGGCGCGACGAAGUGAUGAGGGAGAUUAGUCGGAAAGUGGCUCGCAUCCAGGACGAGGGCUUGACAGACUAUGAAUUGCGUGACUUGAAUGAUGAGAUCAAUCACCUAUUUCGCGAGAAGGGGCAGUGGGAGCGGCAGAUCGCCGCGCUUGGCGGUGCCAAUUAUCGCAGUGGCGUGCCCCGCAUCUUGGACGACCAUGGCGAAGAGAUCCCAGGUAUGCGCGGGUACCGCUACUAUGGGCGGGCGCGGGAGCUGCCGGGUGUCAAGGAGCAUUUGCGCCCCGCCGAGGCACAGGAAGACAAGGCGGAGGAGUCGGUGAAGGAAAAGCGCAUCAAGGCGUACCAGGGACAGCCACCCGCAUACUUUGGCAACGAGGACGAGCAGGACGGUGUGCUUCUACGAGAAGAAAUGGGCGCGGAGGAACUCGGCUGGUCCGAGGGCUGGCGCCGCGUGGCUGCGACCCUAGAGCUGCCGAGCGACUUUGUGCCGCCUGCGAUGCCCCGGCCGCCGCCCGUUCCGUUGGACCUGUCGGCGACUGCACGCAGCGAUAAGGCUCAAGAUACCCCUGCACUAGGAGCCUCCCUGCUGAGCGCGCUGCCAGCCGAGGAGCUGGUGAUGCCCGAAACGGUGACACGCAAAGACAUCGAAGCGUAUAUGCUCCAGGCCAAGAAGGCGGCGCUUCGCCAAGAGUGUACGUGGUGUCUACUAACAGGCAGAUCUGGGCGCGUA